UACUCCAGCAUUGUUCGGUUGGAAGUGACUUGAGAUCUGAUUGGUUUGCAAACUUUUAAUAGAUUUUAAAAUUAUUAAACGGAUCUCACAUCCUAGUAACCGUCGAAGUCAUAGAACGAAAACGAUGGUAACGAAUAAUUGCCAUACGCGCGCCGCCUGCUUUGAUUGAUUAGUGUAGUGGUCGGUUGUCGUAAAAGAAGAAGAUAGUUCCAGCGAUUCGGCGUGAGAUGAGCGAAAUAACAAACGGAGCCUGUGUACAGACAAGGUUGUGAAUCUAAACGAAAACAGAAUACAAUACAUAGGAUAGGUUUUUUACGGUUGGACAGCUGCGUCGGAAGGGUGAAGAGUAGUGGCGUUCUAUUAAUAACACGCGUCAUAAUGGCAUGCGGCAGUUUAUGGGUAGGCGAAAAAAUCAUCCCAUCACGGAUAAUUUAGUACGUAUCGUAAGUGACAGAAACGACGACGACGACGUAUCGCCGGAUUAUCGCGCUGUUGAGCAACAGUAAUUGGAUUAAAGCGUUUGAGUGUUUAUUUCACAUGUUCUACUAUUUGCCGUACACGAAUAUUCGGUGACUGACGGGAGUGUUAUGCUGAACCAUAGAUUAUUAGUUCCAGUUUUCUCUAACCCCCUCUGCUCUCGUUACACCGACUAAUCGUGAAGGUUUGUUGAGUUUUCAUAGCACAUUAUUUCGCCAUCGAACCCUAAGUGAGCAGCACCACCAGAAUGUGUUACAGCGCAGAGCAGAAGCUUGCUGGUUUUUAGGAUGAUAGUGUUAAUUAUAUUUGUUUCAAAUUACGUUUGCCGUCAUAAUUGCUGCUGCUGAACUGCUGUCAUUCUACGGGCUCUGUACCUGCUGUUAGUCGUUUGAAUGAAGUUGGUGGCAGAGGUAACACGUAGAUUACCCGUACCCGUGUGUCCGUCGAAAUAGAGACCUACAGAACCGCACAAGAUCCGGAAAGUGUGAACCGAACCGAAGUGAAGAUAAUCCUCUGAAUCAGUUUUCCGUAUUCAAAAACAAUAACAGUGUCAUAUUAAUCACAGUAACUGCUUGUGCGAAAAAUAAAACAAUUCAAGGGCCCGAAAGCGGAAAGGUCGAAGUAGGCGGGAGGUGGCGCAGUAUUUUGAAAGGUACACAAAAACAUCGUGCUGUUUUUCAAUCCGGGUUGUUUAUCCGAGGAAGUACCAUCGUGAAGUGUCUAUUAGCGCCUGCUGUGGUUUUCAUCCACUGUAAACACAAAGCACGUAACGAAAACGGGAAAAUCCCUAGAAAGGCAAGCGUUGGCCAACGCACAAGUGGAAUUAUUUUUUGCAUCGUUUUUUCUCCGUGACGGCGUGGUUUUGCAUUAAAAAGGCUCGGAUCAACUGACCGGCUGGUACCGACGAUCACCAAAAAGGACAAACUCGUGCCGCACACAUUCGGCUGGCAAUUGCAUCGCAUGCAUUCAUUGCACGUUACCAACAGCAACGACAACAACAGCACCCGCGUGCACUGUCCCCAGCAUUGCACUGGAGGAGAAAUUGCUAAGAAAAGGCCAACGGCCAGCCCUGCAGUCCAACUGGCCGCCACAGUAGGACAACACGUUUCACAGCACCGUGACGACGGCUACUUCGACGACGGCACCCGGGCAACGUGUGCGACGACUGACAGCAUGUAAACGAUUCGCGCGAUCUUCGUCUGAAUGUCGAUGCGCGCCUGAGCCGCUGUUUUCGUCCGACGGCCAACGGGCAAGGGGCCACGUCCUCCCCGCACGGAGAGGAAUAUAGAUAAUUAAUAAUUUAUGGUACAAACAAACCGUCACCGGUGUCGAACAACUCGAUGAAGUCCAAAGUGCAAACUAGUAUAAGGCAAAAUAGUCCCUCACUAGGAAGAUGGGGACGGUCAACGACGGAUCCUGUCAUCAUACCGGGAGGUGGCGGCGGAGGUGGUGGCGGUAGUACUGACUAUUUCAGUGGAGGAUCGAGUCCCCCGUACAGUAUGAACUCACCGCCACCGAUUCCACCGCGGCCUGUACUGCGUCAGUCCAGCUUUACCAAAAUCGGUUACAUGAUCAACACCGCCGUCAACGGAACCAAGAAGCAAUUCAUCAGCGGUAGUAGUACGGGCAAUGGCGAUACGUCCUGGUGCUUUUCACAGAUAAAGGGUGCCCUCGAUGACGAUGUGACCGACGCGGACAUCAUCUCCUGUGUGGAAUUCAACCACGAUGGCGAACUGCUGGCCACCGGCGACAAAGGCGGUCGAGUUGUCAUAUUCCAGAGAGAUCCUGCCUCAAAAUCGUCCACUCCGCGGCGCGGAGAGUAUAACGUCUAUUCCACCUUCCAGUCACACGAGCCCGAAUUCGACUAUCUCAAAUCGUUAGAAAUCGAGGAGAAAAUCAACAAGAUCCGAUGGUUGCGACGCAAGAACCAGUCCCACUUUCUGCUGUCGACCAACGACAAAACGAUAAAAUUGUGGAAGGUGUCGGAGCGGGACAAGCGGGUGGAGGGCUACAACACGCGGGAGGAUAACGGCAGCAUACGUGAUCCGGCGAUGAUCAGCUCGCUCCGGGUGCCAUCGAUAAAGCCAAUGGAUCUGAUGGUGGAGGCAUCGCCCCGUCGGAUCUUUGCCAAUGCUCACACCUACCACAUCAACUCGAUAUCGGUCAACUCGGAUCAGGAGACGUACCUGUCGGCGGACGAUCUGCGGCUUAAUUUGUGGCACCUGGAGAUCACCGAUCAGAGCUUCAACAUUGUCGAUAUCAAACCGGCCAACAUGGAAGAGCUGACGGAGGUCAUCACGGCGGCCGAGUUUCAUCCGACCGAGUGCAACGUGUUCGUCUAUUCGAGCAGCAAGGGUACAAUUAGGUUAUGUGAUAUGCGCUCGUCGGCGCUGUGCGAUCGACACGCGAAGCUGUUCGAGGAACCGGAGGACGUGGACAUCACCAACAAGAGCUUUUUCCGCGAGAUUAUCAGCUCCAUUAGUGAUGUGAAACUGAGCAACACCGGACGGUACAUGAUUUCCCGCGAUUAUCUGAGUAUUAAGGUGUGGGAUUUGCACAUGGAAACGAAACCGAUCGAGACGUAUCCGGUACACGAAUAUCUGCGCACCAAGCUGUGCUCGCUGUACGAGAAUGACUGCAUCUUCGACAAGUUCGAGUGCUGCUGGAACGGCAACGACAGCUCGAUCAUGACCGGCAGCUACAACAACUUCUUCCGGGUGUUCGAUCGUAACAGCAAGAGGGACGUCACGCUGGAAGCGUCGCGGGACAUCAUCAAGCCGAAAACGGUGCUGAAGCCGCGCAAGGUGUGCACCGGGGGCAAGCGGAAAAAAGACGAAAUCAGUGUCGACUGUUUGGACUUCAACAAGAAGAUACUGCAUACCGCCUGGCAUCCGCUCGAGAACAUCAUCGCCGUCGCCGCUACCAAUAAUCUAUUUAUAUUUCAGGAUAAGUUUUAGCUAAUAGUAAGCGUAGUAGUAAAAAUCAAUUAUAAAUGUUUAGGUUGAGAACUGGAGCGAAUGAUGAAAGGAGGGGAACAGGGAUUGAGUUGAAACAACACAGUUAAUUUUGGAGGGAACAGAUUGAAUUUUUUUCGUAACGUUUGCUACUACUAGAAGAAUCAAGCGGUACAUUUCGAUACCGAAAUAAUCCAGAGAAGAAGCAAGCAGGAGAUGAAACUAAGAAAGGGGAAUGAUUAUGAAAUUAGAAACAACAAAACAAUGUGAAAGCUUUUAUAAUAUACCAUACCUAGAAGAAAACAGAAUACACAGGAAACAACAAAAAAAAACAAAACACACACACAGCAGAAUAAAGAAAAACAAGGAAGGAAAGUAUGAAACAAAACAAAAAACAAAUAUUAUUACUAUUAUCCUUAAUUAUCUAACGAAGUAAUAAUAAUAAUAUUAAUAUACAGCAGACAAGCGAACAACAGUGCCGGAAUGUAUGCGUUUAAGUGCUGUGUGACAUUGUGGUUGCGAGUGCAAGUGUUCAGAUGCGGGUACGUAUCUGCGUGCGCGUCUGUAAGUGUGCAGGAUCCAACGAAUAAUACAAGGAACGGACAAAAGUGGGCAACCGUGCGGAUGCGUGCGUGCGAGUCAGUGAAAAGUCAUAUGCGAUGAAUGGAAUGGAAUAAUAACAGAAACAAAACAAAAUGAUAGCAGCGCAGCCGAAGCGAUUGCGAUUAUUAUCAAUUACUUGAUAGUUUAGACUUAAAUUUGACCAUCAGCAGCAUCCAUCAUUUUCAUGCAGAAUACAAACAAACAAAAAAUCAUCAAGCGCAGCAACAAAAAGCAUGCAAGCAAAAGCAGCAUCAUCAUUUUAUAGUUUUUAUUAAAUAAUUCGUAUCAAUUAUAGAGAGACAGUGAGACAAAAAAAAAAUGCGGAAAGACGACGUAGGGGUGGAAAAGAAGAGCGAAAAAAAAAACAAUAGGAAAAAAAUAACAAAAAAUAAUUGCUACAAUAGGUUAGGGCUAAGCAAGCAAAUUGAUUGAAACGAAACAUGCCAAGGAAAAUGAAAGAGGAAAAUUCCUAAUCAAAAGCGCAGUAAUGAGAGAGAGAGAGAGAAAAAAAAUCACAGCUCGAUUUGGUCGCAGCCGGAAGACAAAUGCAAAACAGGUCAACUUGUUGCACUCAUUGAUUGCGGAAAUGAAAAAAAAAAUACAAAAAAACACUCGAAAGCUAUUUGAAUGAUGAAUUGGCGAAGCCAUCCUUUCCUCUCCUUUUUUCCAAGAAAACUCUAAAGAGUGAGUGAAGGAGGCAAGCAUUUUUUUUGUUUGAUUAUUGUGAAAACAUCUAGUUAUAUAACACACUUGGAAAUAACACGAAAAGGAAAAGUAGUUUGGCUUGCGAUGGUGUGCAGUGAAGGGAGAAGGUGCUUUUCUCAUCCGUCAGCAUCCGACCGAACGCGUUUGUUGGAACAAAAAAAAAGCAAGACUGUGUCGU